AUGACAACACCUUCAACGUCCCGCAAGACACAAAACCUCGAGGCCAACACUCGAGUCUCUCUCCUGGUGCAUGACUGGAUAUCUCACCGCCCUCCAACCUUGAGCCAGCCGGGUCGCUCGCCUUCGCCGUCAGGUCCAGCACCACGUUCGGGAUCCUUGGCCGAACUUCUCCUUGGCAUGAACACCGCGUCUCUGAGUCGCAUCAGCGCCACCAUCAAUGGCGUUGCUGAACUCGUGCCUUCUGGCUCCGAAGAAGAGACAUGGUACAAAGCCCAACACCUGGCUAACAACACCUUCAGUCCUGCUGGCGAGGACACACACUCGGCUCCUCCUGCUGGCGAAGGACUGUGGGGCGGUGGUGGUAUAGGAUCACGAGAAAACGCUGAUGAGUCACUAAGAGAAGGUGACGGGGGCACCAAAUGUUACGUCGAGGGAGCGGAGGUCAGAGUUGUCGUAGUCAGGGUUCGUGACGGACGCAUCGCAGACUGGAAAGGCCAAGUCAGAGAUUGGAGCCUUUCAAAAAACACACAGGAAAUCAAGCCGAACGGAAUGUCGUCAUGA